AUGCUGGCAGAAGUGGGGAGGGAGGACGAGGAGAAAUGGCUGGCAGAAGGGAUCGCAGGCCUUCAACAAAACGCGUAUUAUAUGGGCCGAGCCCUGGUAUGGAUCUCGCCUGCCCUACCCUUCUCUCUCUCUCUCUCUCUCUCUCUCUCUCUCUCUCUCUCUCUGAUAGUUCCGGUGGGCGGCUUGGUGAAGGAUACCAAUAACUUGAGGGACGCACUCAAAUACUCGGCCCAGAUGCUCUCCGAGCUUCGAACUUCCAAGCUCUCCCCGCACAAGUACUACGAACUCUGUGAGUGUGAUUCCCACCUCGCCAAUUCGGCAGAUUCUCUUCUCGAUGUUAUCUGUGAGAAUGUCAAUUUCUGAACGUUCAUUACCCUUCCGUGUGUGAUCGCCCUUGAUCUGCAUCGGCCUUUCUGUGUUGGGCAAUUUGUCUCCGUCGAUUUGGAAUAAUUUCUCAGAGUCGACUGUUUUUAUGUUAUGGUAGAUAUGAGGGCAUUUGAUGAGCUGAGGAAGCUGGAGAUGUACUUCAAGGAGGAGACAAGGCGCGGUGUCUCCAUCACAGACCUUUAUGAGCUCGUGCAGCAUGCUGGCAAUGUCCUUCCCAGAUUGUAAGCCACGAAUGUCCCCUUUCUUUUUGGUUCACAAUUUGUGAGUUCUUAUAACAACUCUUCAUGUCGGACAAUCUUGGACUUGAAUUUUUGUCUGGUAGAAAUAAAAUUUCAAAGGAAGCAUUAAUGGAAUCACCGUACCAACUCAUUCUUUAUUUCACAAAAAAUACUCAUUUAAAUCAUGGUUUUAAUAUUUUCAACGAUGAAAAACCCAAUGUGGUUAACGGUUUGUUUCUUCCUAGGGCAUGAGAUAUUUCACAUGUUGACCUCGUUAACAAAUUUAGUCGCUUGAUUACGCAUUCUGUUGAUGAUCACAUUUGGCUUCAUGCUUCUGCAGAAUCCAUUACGUUUUGAGUUGAUUUAGAAACCCUGCAGUGCUGCCUGCUCGCCAAAUUUAUUUAAUCAGAAUCACUGAUCUUAUAGAGAAAAUUAGUGAAUGAGAAAAUGAGGAAUGCAUUUCUUUGAUCUAAUUUUAUGCUAUCUAUCAACUAAGAAGAUUUUAAUUUACUUAGCUAAAAUAGUUAGUGUUCGCUCUACUUGUUCUUUUGGACAGCCGCAAGCCUAUAAUAUUAUGUCGUUUGAAGAGUUUCUUGGUUUUCUCUUUGCUAUGAAUUUAUUUUAUCGGUGAAUUCCUGGGGUUUCCCCUCUCUUUUUCCCUUUGACGUAGGUCUCUGGUUCAUGACUUAGAGAACUUGUAAAGAGAUAGAAGGAUGAACAGUAUUUUCCUUGCAACCUUACCUUAAUAUCUAUGUGGUUUGUUAUCCAGCCGGCAUAUUUUCCUUGCAACCGUGUUCUCUCUCCCUUUCUUGCUUUCUUGAUCUUGGAUAAAAUGGAAGCUUCAUUCUUCUCACAAAGGAUGAAGUUGUAUCAGUAGGGAGAGCAUAUGAAAGUAGCAAAAUAUGUAUGUACUUUACAGAUGUUUCAUUACUUAAUAUUGCAUUUCACGGUGUAUGUAUGCAGAGGAAAUUGAGAUUGGGUGGUCUAUCUUCAUGACUGCGUGAGCUGACAGGUUUUUUCCAGAAAAAAACCGCAGAGAAAGCAAGACUGUCCUGUUGAAAAAUAAAUAGCCAGUAUGAUAGUUCAUUGAGUCUCCGUGGGGAAGUGGCUUGAGGCUCUUGGCAGUGGUCAUGGAACUUCCAGAUAACGUUUGUAGCGUUUGAUCAUUCCCAGGUGGAUGGGAUAUAAGUAUCCCGGUUACUGGUUCUUUAUGAAGAUCAGUACAGUUGUCUAUAGAAUCACUGGUUUUUGAUUCAAAGUCCCUAGAUAAGUUGAAAGAGCAUAUUUAUCUCAUAUUCCAUUAUUUUCAGGCUUGCUGAUUUUGCCUUCUGACAUGAUAAGGAAACCAAAAGUUUUUCCUCAAGGAAAUAUUCCUCUAACAUGUUUUCUAAAAUAUUCAUCUAGGAAAACAUCAUUCCUCAGGGAAACCAAAAAUCUUCUGUUAUCUGAACCUAUCCUUAGGUUACUACAUGCAAGAUACUGAUUUCACAACUGAAGAUUGCAACGUGUGACAUUUCAGGUACCUACUAUGCACUGUGGGCUCUGUAUACAUCACAUCGAAAGAAGCUCCAGCUAAAGAUGUGCUUAAAGACCUUGUGGAAAUGUGCCGUGCUAUACAGAAUCCUGUUUCUGGGCUUUUCCUUAGGAGUUAUCUUUCUCAAAUUAGCAGGGACAAGUUGCCUGACAUCGGUUCUGAGUAUGAAGGGUAAAUUCUGUCUACAAUUUCCUCAUGGUGAAGCUUUUUUUCCCCAAUAAUCUAUACACUUUUUCUCUUUGCUGUUUUGUAACACACUUUUAAAUUCGCGUGUUACUUCCUCAAGCUAUGCAUCUUUUGCUAGGAGGUGCAUUUAUUGCGAACUUUCAUAAGUUUUGUGCCAUCAGAUCUGCUUUCAUCAUGGCUUGGGAAAUACCUCUCUGGCAUUAAAAUAUGCUAUAGUAUUUAACUUCGUGAAGUUAUUCCUUGCCUCAGAUUUGAAAUCUUGACUUAUUUAAAAUUUCAUUCUGUCAUAGGGACUCCUAAAUUAGCUGUCCUCAAUCAUUCAUUGAUCAGAUGGUUAUUAUGAUCUAUUGUUUCUUAGAAGAGAUCAAUCAAAUCUACGAGAAAAACUGCUGCUUAGCUUGCUGACUGACAAACGCCUGUAGGACUAAGAUCAGAUCCUUGUUUGGAAACAGUUUUCACCCACCUUCUAACGAAUGUGAUUCUAGGAAUGAAACUCGGAGAUGUCAUCAUACUAGCGAGGCUUGAUCUCAAUCCAAUAUCAUUGCAUCAGAAGGUGGAUGCUCUUUCGAGGGCUACUACGGAAGCUAUCUGGGUUCCAGGAAUGACAACUAGGUUGUCUUGAUACUUUUUAGGGGAGAAGGGGAUGUAUUGUCGAAGAGGGAACCAAUGGCCUCGGUGGAGAUAGAUCUCAGGAGAUGUGGCAACAGUAAAUAAACCCGAGUAACCUGAUCCUUGUCUUUAUGGUGCCAGACUUCAGGUGAGUGAGGUUUCCACUGCUCAAUAACAAGAGAUAUUUGCGAUAGUUUGAGGAGACAUGCCUCUCUGGUGGAACUGAGUUAGAGGUAUUGAGAGAAGAAGUGAAUAUUGGCAUCCAGUCUGAGUACCGGAGCACCUUUUUUGUUUAUAAAAGCUUAUAAUAUUGUCUUUUUGCGAGGAGUCUUGUUGGUUCGUUUAGUGGAACUAUCGAUCAGAAUUCUGUUUCAGUUAAUCGAUCAAUUUUUAUUUGUGAAAAUGUUAAGCAUGUUGCUAGUCUAAGAAGAAUAAAGUUGAAUUUUCCGUAUGUAGGGAUGCUGACAGUGUGAUUGAUGCGGUAGACUUUGUGCUCCAGAACUUCACAGAGAUGAAUAAACUAUGGGUUCGAAUGCAAUAUCAGGUCAGUUUCAUGACAAGUCAUUUGUUUCAGGAUAUGGUUGACAGGCAAACAGAGAAAUGUACGUGUCAUUUACUGUUCUAGGAACUGUAGGUAUUGUUUGGUGAAGACUUAAUAUUGUUUGCUGAUCUGAGUUGUUGCCUCGAAUUGGGCUCUGGUCUGCAGGGACAUGUCCAUGAGAGAGAGAAACGGGAGAAAGAAAGGAACGAACUCCGAGAUCUGGUAAUGUUUAAAGUUCCGAAAACGAUGUUGAUUAAAACAUACAAAGUUAGCAUAUAUUUGACAUUUUGCAGAUGACCUUUUAAAAAAAUUAUCCUCUUAGGUUGGCAAGAAUUUACAUGUCCUCAGUCAACUAGAAUCUGUGGAUCUGGUUAUGUACAAAGAAACUGUGCUUCCAAGGAUCUUGGAGCAGGUAUGACCUAUUAUGCUUUUGCAUUCUACAAAUGAGGAUAUUACAUGGCACAUGCAGUGAUCAAUUUGCAAUUGGUUUGACAGGUUGUAAACUGUAAAGAUGAUUUAGCCCAGUAUUAUUUGAUGGAUUGUAUAAUCCAAGUCUUCCCAGAUGAGUACCAUUUACAGACCCUUGAAACAUUGUUGGGUGCAUGCCCCCAGCUUCAGGUAGAUAGUUCAAUUUGCAUCUCAUUUCUGCCUAAAGGAUGCUAUUAAUAUGUUUUCCCUUCAAAGUUGUGUAGUUAUUAAUAACAUCCAAUGUUGAAUGUAAAACAUUUCUCUUGUUAUGAGUCCUGGCAUGUGAAUGAAGAUUUUUCUCUUUUAUUUUCUGUAGAAUCAAUAUGGUUAUUGAGGUUGCUGAGUUGAUCUUUUUUUGUUUUUUUUCAAAAGUUUUGUUUUCUGAUGGCUUAUUCCAGGCAUGUACCACCUGGGACUACUUUACCUGUUGUUUGAUGCGAGAGUGAUUUAUUUUUUUUGCAAUUUCCGUCAAAAGUAGAUUCUUCCAGAUUAGACAUAUUAAGACGCUUGAUAUGGGAGUGAAUUUAAGGCCCAACUUCCUCUGCACUCCCUCUGCUUCUUGUGAUGUGGUUUUAUAAGAAUACAAUGAGCCUUUCAACCAGCUUGCUAUAUCAGCGUCAGAUGUGGGGCAAUGCCGUUCAGCUGUCAUUCUCUAGUCGAUUGAUGCUGCCUAGAAGGUUUUGAUGUCCGGGGUAAUUGAGAAUGGCAAUUCACUCGCUGGAAAGUUUGCUGGGUCAUUGAGUCUGCAAGCCACUCAUCCUGGUCCAGGCUCUGACCCAACAUUUUCAUCACCCUGGGGUGCCACUUUCAUUCUGACUGAUAGUUAUUGCUCCAUAAAAUUUAUAACAAAACCAUAAGUUGAAGACUAUUACAGUUUUAACAGUUUUGAACCGGAAUGAGUGCUAAACUUCUAAUGGAAAGAGUCUCAAUUAUUGUAACAUUCAAAUUAUAAAGGCAGUUUGAAACAUCUGAUAGGUUCUUCUAGAAGUGUCGAGUUUGAGACAUGUAAUCAUUACAGUGGAUUAGUGAAGGUCUAGACUCUUAUCUAAUGUAAAACUAAGUGGUGGCUUGCUUGCAGCCGUGAUGGGGAGGAGAUAGAAUAUUGUUAUAGAAAGGCAUUUGAAGUUUCCAUCAAACCCACUUGUAUUGAAAGGGCGAAAGGAAAAAUUGUCACAUAGUGGGGGUGGACAGGUAAAUCAUCCUGCAAUGUAGGAGCAUUUCGAGUGUUUUGAAAGUAGCUGUAUCCAUCAACUAUAUGCCUUUGGGCAAAUCGUUCAUGCAUUGAACGGAGUUUUGACUAAAAGCUGUCAAUAUAAUCUAGGUUGGGCCAAGCAUUCAAUCUUGCAGGGGUUAUUGAUAUCUUCUUUAUCCCCCAGGCCAUGAUGCUUAAUUUUUUUGCAUUGUGAUACUAGUGGUGGGGGGGAGAGGCAACGAAUAUCUCUCUUUAAAUCACUGCUUGGUUCUUAAGUUUAUUUGUUUCUUUUUAACAGCCCACUGUUGACAUCAAGACAGUGCUGGGUCGAUUAAUGGACCGGUUGUCGAAUUAUGCUGCCUCAAGUGGCGAAGUAAGUUUGCAACAAGCAACUUUCCUGGAUGUAGAUUGAAAGUUCUCUUAGAGAUCACACACUCCUGCACACUCCAUAUUUAAGGUUUAUGUAAAACUACCCAGUUUAGAAACGAAAUUGUAAGUUUUCUUUCUCAUUGUUGAACUUCUAGGUUUUGCCAGAAUUCCUCCAAGUCGAAGCUUUUUCCAAGUUGAGUACUGCAAUUGGGAAGGUAACUCUUUUUGUUUCCUUUGACGAGUUCCUAUUGAUAUUCAUCUUUUGUCCUGUAUAUUGGCUAUUUCCAUCGGCAGCGGGUCGUAGUAUUGAAACACUGAGAAUUUGUAUUAUUAUUUUCUUUUAUUUUCAACUCUUAAAAAAUGAUUUCAUGUACAAUUUCUUCAGUUUGUAAAAUUUCAGAAGCCUACAAAUCUCUCAACUAAGAAUCAUUUGUAGCUCUUGAUGAGACUUAUAUAGCCAUCUAUUACAGAUAGUAAAGACUAUAAACAUAGAGAGGUAAAACCUAUUGAUUAUGCUAUUGAGGUAGAUCACAUUUUUUGAAGCUUGUGAUUUUUCUUUCAGUGAUUAUCUCAGGUUGAAGAAAUCCUGCAGCUCAAUAAUUUGUUUGGUCUUAACGCCAUUUUCAGAUUAUAGAUAUUCUGUUCACCAAUUGAAUGGUUCUUUUCUUCUAUUUCUUCCAUUCUACUGAGUCUGAUCAUGACUUCAUCAUUAUUAUGAGCAUCUUUCUUUAAAUUUUGAUUUCGUUUGGUUCAGUGUUCGUUACUGCCUUCUGACAGGUUAUAGAAGCACAAGUUGAUAUGCCUAUAGUUGGAGCAAUAACUUUAUACGUCUCUCUCCUCACAUUUACUCUUCGCGUCCAUCCUGAUAGGCUUGACUAUGUGGAUCAAGUACUGGUAAGGCUGGAUAAGAUUUCGUUGAAACAUUUAUGUUACUCUUGGAAGGUGUCCAAAAUGAUGAUUUUUUAAUGAUAGAGCAAAUUCCAUGGGCCACAAAAAUCAAAUCAAGAGAAUUCCACAAAAAUUCCAUGUUAUAUAAAUGCAAGUGAUAGAGACAUGCUAGUAUAAUCGUACUUGUCCCUGUGUUUCUGCAUUUUUUACAUUUCAAGGGAAGCAGUUAGUGUUUGUAAUUUGUUGAAUUAGUUACUUCUUUGUUUGGUGGAAAAUACUUCCGGCUUUACGCCAUAGCAGAUGUCAUGCGUGAAAAGCAGAGUUAGGAGUUUUCGUCAAAAAGAAAGAAAGAUAAAGAAUAGUAUUAAUUAUUGUAUUCAACAAGAAUGAAUAGAAAAUGAGGCAAAUCAAAUAAUAGAAUGCAGAAGAAGCAGCUCUGUAUCUAUCACAUGUUGUUAACAUGCUGCAGGUUGAAUCGUAAUUUGAGAAUGGCAGAGCCAAUUGUUUGACUCUUUAUUAAAUAACAAUUUUUUUGUGUUUGAUUUUGAACAGGGAGCAUGUGUCAAGAAACUUUCCGGUAAAGCAAAGCUUGAGGACAGCAAAGCCACCAAACAAAUUGUUGCACUUUUAAGCGCACCUCUAGAGAAAUACAAUGAUAUUGUUACUGCGCUGAAGCUUCCAAACUAUCCACGAGUAAUGGAUCACCUAGAUAAUGAAACGAACAAAAUCAUGGCGGUUGUUAUUAUUCAAAGUAUCAUGAAGAACAACACUUGUAUAUCAACAGCUGAUAAAGUAAGAAUUCCUUUUUAUGACCUGAUUGCUUUAGGUUUUGUUUUCAUAAUAGUGCAUUAUCUGUUUUUCAGGUUGAAGCGUUAUUUGAACUGAUAAAGGGGCUAAUAAGGGAUACGGAUGGGGGUGCAUUCGAUGAGGUUUGGCAUUAUCGUCUCGUUUUCUUCCCAAUGAAACAUAUAUUCUUUUCCGUUUCUCUCUGAGUCAGUGAUGUCAACAUUCACCUUAAUGUGGAUUAUGCUUGACAAUUUAAAUCUAUCCUUUAAGUGAAUAUCCUCUUUCACUUGAACUUUUUUGUAGGUUGAUGAGGAGGAUUUCAAGGAGGAACAAAACUCCGUUGCCCGUCUUAUUCAUAUGCUGCACAAUGACGACCCAGCGGAGAUGUUGCAGGUACAUCAUGUGUCUCUGAUUUUCGUUAAUGUAUGGUGUAGCUCUUUGCCGUUGUGUUUCAACUAGCUGGUUUUAGAGGAAAGUUGAUAACUUAUUUCAGAAUUGUUUGUCUUAAGUCUUCCUCAACUUGUAUUCCAGUUUGACCAUAGAUCUACCUCGAAUCUCUCUCAUUGAUUUAGCUCUCGAAAAGGUAAAAAUGAAGGCUAUUUUUCUGUGUUGUGGAUGUAGCAUGUAUCAAUGGCAACCUUUUGAACUGCCAAUAAAAGGUACCCUGGCCUGCUGAAGUAAUGCCUUGAUUCCUGUGUGUUCCCCUGGCCAACUAGAAUUUUCUCCUUCGUGUAGUGUUCAGCUAGGCUAUCCUAAUGUGGAGUAUAGCGGGGGCAGAUUGGAGCCAACGUUGUGAGGAAUCAUAUGCAUACCUUUUGAGUAACAAGGAAAAACCCUAGCUUCGCAGGGGAAAUCCAUUAGGUCCUCCAACCUGCAUAUCCCACCAGACCACUCCCUCCCCCUUCCACCCUCCCCCAACCCCAAAGUGUCAUUCAAAACCUUCACAAAAUGUUCACAUGUUCUUCUGAACAUGUAGUAACUUGGUUGACUUGGUUCUGUAAAAUGUCAUUGGGAUAAACGGUGGGUAGAAGUGGCCGAUGUGGAGUCAUCUUUUAUUUUUUAAAAGACUAUUGUGAUUUAUUUCUCUUUAGCCUGUUUGUUUAUCCAUCACAAUACCAAUAAGGUUCGAUUAGAAAACUUGGGAAUGGUGUGACUUACUUCAUAAGGUGAAAUAUUCUAGGAGCUCGCUGAGUUACGGGUUUAUUUCACAUCAUUUUGGUAUCCAUGUUUUACAGGCAGCGGCUUGAAGAAAAUGCUUUGAAAGAUCUCAUCGAAGAUAUUGGGGUAAUCAUGAUUCUAAAAUUAGUGCAAGGAUGUCUUGAAUUUGUGAAACGGGCGUGUUGGUGACUAAUGAAGACAUCCGAAUAGAAACUUCUACUUGCUUUACAAGUUUGACAGCUGUUCUUAUGGCCGUUCUUGUUCUCACAUGCGUGGAGUGUUGUUUUCUUGCUUGGUUCCUUAGUCCAUUCUUCCUCUUUUUCCUCCAAUGUCGAAAAAUAUUAAAUUAAAAAAUGAUACUACUCUUACUGGAUAAUGGAUGAUAAAUACCUUAUUUUGAUGGCAUAACAUCCAGUUUGAAGUUCAAGCUUCUACCUUUUCUAUUGCGGAUUGAAUUUUCCCAUUGCUUCUACCGUUAGAUGCCAAUGAUGAUUCUGGCAUUCCAGCCUGCUUGCUGAGUUUCAAAUGCACACUUGGGAUGGGAGAUUUAAUUUUCCUCCAUGAAGAUUGGUUUCCAAAUUCAUGUUUUUUUUACUGUUUACUAUAUUGUACAGGUUAGAAUGAUGUUACUCUUAUUUGAUGAUUUGAUUCUGCAUGGUUUUCAGAUUAUAAGUACAGUAAGGAAGCAUAUUCUUCUUGGAGGAUCCAAACGACUUCCAUUUACCGUACCCCCAUUAAUAUUCUCUGCGCUUAAGGUUUGCCUUUGUCCAUUUAGACUUGAAUAUUAAAUGCAGAAUAUGAAUGAACCCUGCCAUAAAUGCGAAGUGUAUUACCACCUUCUCUGCUGUGCAUGUCCUCAAUUACUCUCCAUCUGUGCUUUUACCUCAGCUUUUUAAAGCUAUGUGAAAUACUGCUAAUAUUGAUGUGCACUUGCCGAUAUUCUAUCCUGUAGACAUGUGAUCGAUGAUAAUUUAUUAUUUUUUUCGUGUCAAUAUCUUUAGAGAUAGUUCUCAGCUGGCCAUUGGCUAGUUCAGGGACAGAGGUUCUGGAUUCAAUAUCUAUGGGUAUCCAGAACUGCAGGAUGUAGGUGUAUAGACAAGUCAUCACGUACAGUAUAUCUCGGAGUUCAUUGAAAAUCAACAGGUUUCUUUAUCAUGUCGAAAAAUAAAUAGUGAUUAUCCCUCUAAGCGUCCUAGCUGUUAUUUUUGUAAAGAGUUCUGACGCUGAGCCGGAUGCAUCACACUAUGACAUUAAAAAAUUUCAUCGAAUUGAACUUUGUUCUAAAUUUUAUUGAACAUGUUGGCAUCUAUUUUCUACUUGUUGGGAAGGUCUAGGACGCUGUAGUUAUUCAAAUCUGGCUGGGAUAUUUUUUUAUUGUUAAAAAUUCUUGUUAUCAUCCUAGACUUCCAAGUUGUCAAACGUAUGUCCAAAACCUACCACUUGCUCACUCCCUUCUGUGCUCAACUAGAACGAAACUCUUAUUCCUUUAUCGGCCCCUGUUUUCAGUGCAUUUUUAGUUGUAUUAUGCUUUCUCCUUAAUCUAAGCUGGCUUCUUUCCUUAAUAUUCUGUCCUUGUUGCAUUCAAUGAAGCCAAUGGGAAUGAUCUAUCGUGUCCUUAUAGGGAAGAUUUUUCUUUUUAAUUCGUUGUUUUCCGACCACUAUAAAUGGUUAUAUCACGUGCUAAUGAAUACGCGUCUUGAGACAGAUCCUUCAAUGACGAUUUUAAGUAAACUUCUGAAAUUAAAAGAUCAUGACAGCUGGACAUGUAUGUGCUGCCAUAGCGUUAUUAAAUGUCAUAUCUUCAACUUUUUUCGAAUGAUUGUGGUAAAGAAAGUUUCUCACUGAUUUUUUUUUUAUAAUGGUUAAUGUUUCUCCGUUGUUUUUCUCUGGUUUUUUUUGUGGUGAUAUUUUAGCUUCUUGAUUGGAUUACUAGUCCAUAACAUCUAAAGAACGUCGUCACAUAACAAAGAAAUCAUACUAAUGCCUGACACAUUACUUGUUUUAUGAAUAUUUAUAUUUGUUAUAUGUUUUCUGAGUCAUCCUAUUUACGUUUCUGCUAACAAAUGCUGUUGUGUCCGACACUGCCUUUCAUCGUAUACAUCAUUUCAAUGAUGACAAUCUCACAUUUCCUCAUGAUAUUUUCAGUUAUAGCAGUCUAAGAUUUUUGUCCAGAUUCCAGAGUUUCUCCCAUGUCAUUCAGUUUAUGCUCGCGAAUGCUUCAGCUAAUGAACUGGUUUUCUUAUUUAUUAUAUCAUGUCCAAACUUUGCAUAUUCAAUAAUGUAGGUAUUGUUUUAGCUCCCACUUUUUAAUGGUAUCUUAUCUCUUUUUGGUUGUGGUGGACAAUUCUGCUCUACAGUUGGUCAGACGGUUGCAAAUUCAGGCCGGAGAUGUUGGAGAGGAUGCUCCUACAACACCAAAGAAAAUAUUUCUGAUUUUGAACCAGGUGAAAGUCUUAUGUACUUGAUCCCAUAAUUUACCUCUAUUGAUACAAAUUCAUCAUCUUCAUGAAGCAAUUUGUGAAGCGAUUCUUUACUUGACAUCUUUUUAGUAUGCAUUUAUUAACUGGGGAUAGUGCCACCAAUGUAUAUUUACUAAAUAUUGUCGAUUCAGUCCAGCUCAUGCAUGCCUUAAUCAAGACCCAAAUUGAUCUUUUUCAGUGAAUUUUGCUUCCAUAAGCACACUUCUUCUCAUGUGUACACGUUUUAGUUUUAUUCUUCGAGUGAUCUUCAAAAUUGGAUUUUCCUCUCCAUCUUAGCCUCAAUGGAAGCAAGCUUAUACAUCCUCUAGGUCUCUAAUUUUUCUUUUCUUGUUUUGGAAAUUGUGUUUGUUUUCAAAUGCAAAAGAAGACUUAUAUAUCUUUCUUGUAUUCAUCACUUUACUUUCAUUUUUGCCAUCUCAGACAAUUGAGGCCUUAUCAGCUGUUCCAUCUCCAGAGCUUGCUUUAAGGUUAUACUUGCAAUGUGCAGAGGUAGGCCACGGUUUGUUUUGAGUUCCUCUUUUGGUUCCUAUCAACCACCAACUCUCCUCAUUGUUCCUUUCUUACGUUUAACGUUUGAGCUUUCCUUUUCAGGCUGCAAACGACUGUGAUCUCGAACCUGUUGCAUAUGAGUUCUUUACUCAAGCAUUUAUAUUAUACGAGGAAGAAGUUGCAGUAAGCAUAUGGAGUUCAUUAAUCACCAUGAACAUGAUUCAUUCCAAACGAUGGAAGAUAAUAUGAUGAUUGAUUUCCGUACUAUUUGGUUCAUCUGCAUUGUGUUUGCCUUCUGAAGUCGAGAUCUUCUCCCUCCAGGACUCAAAGGCACAGGUCACCGCAAUACACUUGAUAAUUGGAACGCUCCAGAGGAUGAAUGUUUUUGGCGUUGAAAAUAGAGAUACAUUGACACACAAGGCCACAGGGGUAACACCAUUGCUGCCUUUUAUGCAUCUUCAAACUGCCCAGAAGACAUGCAAUGGAAGUUGUUUCUCACUCUACGUUUUUUCAGUACUCUGCGAAGCUUUUGAAGAAGCCAGAUCAGUGCAGAGCAGUCUAUGCAUGCUCACAUCUCUUCUCAGUCGACGAUCAGGAUGGCAUAAAGGAUGGAGAAAGGUACUGGCACGUGUUAAAUGAGGGGGGGGGGGGGGGGGGUUAUUUGCAUAUUAUGAUAAAUUGAAUGAGACCAUGUCCAUUCUAUACAAGCACGGACGUCAACCUUCUCAAUCUCCAAGGUCUCUGAGCUUCUGAGCUCGGCUUCUCCUCUGGGCAUAUUAUCUAGCAGCAUUCUGUGUAAUCUAAGAUCACACCUUCGUUUUAUUUUCUUCUGAUCAUCCUUGCAUAUACAUGACUAAAUUGAGACUUAUUCUUGGUUGUGCUUCUCAAUGAAAGGAAAAAAAGGAGUUUUUUUACUAUAACCCAUUAUGGGCUAGAAGAAGAAGUUAGGGAAGUAGGUCGUAUUAGGAAAGUAUAUCAUCAGUUGAAUUAGGCUCCACAAAAUCUGUUGUACUUUCUUGCAGAUUUUGACGAAGUGCUACGAAAUUUCUGUUUUCCAGUAAUUCACGAGAAACUUCUUACUGAAGUUGAAACACCCAUGUUUGAUGCCUAAUUUGGGAUUCAAUGUCGUCUGUUAAAUUUCGUGAUCUCCUCAUCCUCGGUCUCUUCCCUCACUAUGGAAAAGGAAAUGAUUGCCUAUGCAUGCAUCGCUCUGGGAGACGUUCGUUCUUCUCUUAUAUUCCCUCCUAUGAAGAUCACCAUCCCCUCUCUGUGCAAUUUCUUCAUGCCAGGGUUCUCCUCUGCCUCAAGCGUGCCCUGAGGAUUGCAAACGCCGCCCAGCAGAUGGCUAACGUGACACGAGGCGGCAGCGGGCCCGUCACGCUCUUCAUUGAGAUUCUGAACAAGUAAAUGAGUCAACUCCUCGCUGAAGAAUGAUUACUCUCAAACCAUUGGCAAGAAUAUAGAGAACCCAAUUCAAGCGCGCCGCUUCUGAUGUUUCAGGUACUUGUACUUUUUUGAGAACGGGAACCCCCAGAUCACAAGUUCAGUGAUCCAAGACCUCAUCGAGCUGAUCAUGACCGAGACCCAGAGUGAGAGCACGGCUGCCGACCCAUCAGCCAUCGCCUUCUUCAACAGCACACAGCGGUACAUCCGGUUUCAGAAGCAGAAGGGUGGGGCGCUGGGCGAGAAGUACGAGCCAAUCAGAGUCUAG